AUCAACGUUCCCGUUGCAUUUAGUUCUUCAUCAGACUAUUUUUGUAUCAAAAGUUGAGUUCGGCUAUCAACUCUCGCAAAUAGUUAACAUCAACAUUGUUCAUUUCUUUCAAUUACAUACAACAUUAUUAUCAUUGAUGAAUAGGCGACAAGAUUCGAAAAAACUAUGACUACCUACCGUGAUUCCAAUGAUUUGUAACCACGGUGAUAAUUGAAAUGUAUUUGAUAAUUUUCUCUUCUAGUAUGUGGUGGCUAGUAUUUUCACUACUAUGGUGGUGUGGGUCCUCAGCCAUUCCUUCACCUGGUACAGAUGAAUGGAAAUGUCCUGAAAUAGCAGAGCAGCCAGUGUUGGAAUGCAGUUGCGACAUGCCACAUACUUUGAGAUGUACUGGUGAUAGAUCAGCCUUAGCUGUUAUAGCUCGUACUCUACGAUCAAUGAAAGCUGCAUCGAUAUCGCUACUAGACUGUACAGUACAAAAUGUAACUAUAAUCUCAGGGCCAAUACUGGAAGGAGUGGCUUUACAUGGUUUGGUUGUAUCAUCGGGAGAAAUCAGAAAAAUCCAUCCAACUGCUUUUCAGAAACUUGCGUCGCCAUUGCAAGCAUUGGGAUUACCAAAUAAUCAAUUACUCUCUGUCCCAUCGGAAGCUUUGAGGUCACUACCGGAACUGGAUAGAUUGGAUUUAUCAGGAAACAAAAUGAAAUCACUAGACGAAAGUUCAUUCAAGGGUCUCAGAAAUCUCUCCUUCAUCGAUUUGAGCAACAACGUCCUAUCAAGAAUCUCACCUACUACCUUUGAAGAUCUUCCACAACUCAGAGUCUUACGAUUACGGGGAAACCGAUUAACAGUUGCCACCAUCACCAAACUGAACUCUUUUUCCACAGUUGAAGAGCUGGAUAUUUCGGAAAAUGCAUUCGUAGGUCCAUUGGAACCCAACACUUUUCCUAGGAUGGAGAAUUUGCGGGAUCUACAAUUGUCGCAUAACUCUUUGAGCAGCAUUAAAAUGGGAGCUCUGAAAGGACUGUCGAAUCUUACCUCAUUGAGGCUCUCACACAAUCAAAUUGACGUCAUAGAAGAUAAUGCAUUCAGUCACCUGACAUUUCUGGUCAUAUUAGACUUAGCUCAUAACAGGAUUGUAGCUGUUUCAGGAGCAUCCCUAGCACACUUGAACAACCUUACUGAUCUAGAUGUACGACACAAUUUUCUCAGAGCUCUAACGGCAGAUCUGAUAAUUCCUUUGAAGAAUCUGAGAAAUCUGAAUCUGGAUGAGAAUGAUAUUUCUAUUGUAGCUAGUGAUGCCCUAAAGUCAUCGACAGUCCUUCAACGUUUCACUCUUUCAGACAACCCCUUGAAUUGCGAUUGUAGUCUCGACGAAUUCGCCGCUUGGUUGAUGAAUUCUAGUCUAAGCCAUGAGGACAAAUCCUCAGCGGUCUGUACAACCCCUCCCUCACUGGAAAAUGGCCUAUUGAUAGAAGUACCUUUGGAUAGCCUCAUAUGCGGAGAAGAUGAACAAGAUACCAUGAUGGCACCAUUGUCAGCACCAUUUCAAGCCAAGAUCAACUUGAAAGAUUUCAAAUAUGAUGGAAAUGAUGUUCAAUUGAAAUGGAGUGUUGAAGAUGAGGCUUCCCCAUAUACUUGUGACGCAAUAUUCGUUUACGAAGAGCAGGGUCCUAAUGAAGUUCUUGUGGAAUCGUUUCCAAUAAAAUGUAAUUCUUCCCAUAUGGUUGAUCCUAAGGUCUUGAAUGUGAGUGUUCCUUACACAGUGGAACUAGAAAAAGAACAUAGAUACAGAUAUUGUGUCGUAUUACUGGAAGCCGGUCAGACUGACGAAGUAUCACUAAUACUGGGUUGUUCAGAUGUGCUGCCGCUGAUUCAGAAUGUCAAAAUUCAGCAGACAACUAAUUACUCCGUGAAGCUUCCGAAUGUUAUUUCAAUAAGGGCAAACUUGUCAAGUUAUGGUGUUCUUUCAAUAAAUGUACAUAUUUACCCUAGAGCAGAAUGCCAACUGAACCUGGCCAUCCUACAACAGAGUGACCUUAUAUCCCAGAGAACAAUCGAUUGUGAGACCCCUAGCUAUAGUUUCAUUGGACUUGAUGAGGGGCCUUACCGUGUAUGUGCGAAUGUGAUAGAAUCUGGACCGUCCUUGAAUUUGAACAAGUCACGGUGCGUGACUGUGUUCAAGAAAGAAAUCAGGGGAUUUACACAUCUGGAUAUAGCUUUUGUAUCGAUAUUCUUGGUGUUAUGUUUGAUGGUUAUUGUUUUGAUAUGGGGCGUGAGAAGAAUUAUACUAAAGCCGAAAAUUGAAACACAUCAAUAUUUUCUACAUCCAGAAUGUGAAGAUCAUGUUCAACACAAUAGAUAUGUGAAGCUACAAGCAACUACCAAAUUGUGAGAUAUUGGUCACAUAAUCGUAUGAAAUGAUAGUGCCAUAAAAAGUAUCCUUAUGGAUUCAUUAUUUUAGGAAACGAGUACUAAUCACGUCAUUGUUUCAAAUAAUUUACCUGAAUCUUUGUUGUUCAUUCAACUGUAAAUAGAAUGGUAUGAGUGUGAUUUAGUUUAUUGUAGUCUAACAUACAUCAAUAUUAUCUGGUCACUCACUGGAAGAACAUAUCGUUUAAGAUUAGCUUACAUCACAAAAAUAUUACUUGUGGGUUGAUCGGGGAACGAUUUAAGUUCUUUUCUCAAAAAUUCCUGGGACUCUUUCUCCCCGUCUCUAUACCUAAAUGAAUAUAAGUUUAAUUUUCACUCUCUGAAACCUUUAAGAGAAAUCUAAUCGAUUUCCAGUAACACAUUUUUGAAAUAUAUUUGUAGAAGAAUAUAGAAUAAUAAUCAGAACCUUCUCAGUUGAUAUAUAGAAUAUUGAUUUGAGUCCUAUAAUCUGGAUAUGAGAAUGAUACAUCCAAGUUCAAUUGAUGGAAACUUACGUUUUCGUGGUAAGUUUCGUCACCGACAAGUAUUGAUAGAGGAAUCCGAAAACAAUUCUUGAAGAAUAUUAUUUCGAUUGUUUUGUUGAAAACGAGAGCAGAAUCGUAUCCAAAACUUCCAAAGAUGAAUCAAAUUCUCUAUUAUCCAACCUACCUAGAUUCUUUAUUCCCGAACAAAGUGUUCUCUGAAGUGAUUUUCAGCGCAGUGAUAUUAGUUGCGUUUUUUUGACAUUGCUAGUGUCACCAGUGGGCCAGAAUCGCCGUUUUAUUGACUAUUUUGUGGAAUUUCUUAUCAUCCUGGUGGCACUGGCCAUUCGGUCUCAAAACAUCGAAUGCGUGGUGAGAUGUUUGGAAUGUUUGACAAAUAAGGGUAUUUGACAUACAUCAUAAUGAUUUUGUUGUAAUCAAAAACUUUGUAGAAUAGAAAUAGUAGAUACGGGAUAGGAAAUGAGUAGGUACCUACUUAUGGAAAAGAUGAGUCAACGAAAGAGGAAAAAUGUGCACAUAACUAAUGGAAAUAUUCAAGAGUUAAUCUAAAAUGGCUGUGAAAGGUCUUUGUAUUGAAUCUUGGUUAGUGCGUAAUUCUUCGACAACUCGAAAUCCAUUAUCACUAGAGAAAAAAUGUUGGAAACAAAUUUCUUCCGUUUUUGAAGGUUCCAUUUCAAAAAUAUUUUCAGCAAUACUGGGUGUUCUAUAAAAGCGGGAGGACUCGGAGACGAGUUUUUUCAAAUAGAACACCCAGUAUUUUUUAUUCAAAACCCAUUCAGCAACGGUUUAGCUCUACAUCGCUGUGAAAUAAAUUGGAUUCUGUUGAGGCGUUGCCAAACGUUGAUAAACCCAUUUUUACUACUAUUGAAGGGUCAUGUUGAAUUGGGUAUGGUAUAUUCAUUUAUCAAAAUUUUGAGAAGAUUUUUGGCAUACAGUAGUAGCAAGGUCUCACGUACACCAAUCCAGUAAUUUU